AUGGCGAAAUAUGUAUGGCGUACACUGCAGGUGUAUGGCGGCUGCGCAUGCGUGGGAGGCGCUGGUCUGGCCGUGACUGGGAAGUGUGCUCCACACUGUGACGCCGUCCUCGUGAGAUUCCUCGCGAUUCUAUUUACGGGCACGCUGCUCACAGCUCCGCUCAUGCUGGCUAGCCUGAUGUCGAAAAUGAGGUGUGUGCGACAGGACCAGAAACCUCUCGCUCUAGGCGUCGUCUCACUUGCUUCUAGUUUAUUCGCCUUAAUGCCCGGUCCGGUGGUGGCCGGGAUGCUGGUGGACACGACCUGCAUUCUCUGGCGAUCUGGAAAGUGCGAGGAGGACGAGACAGGCAACUGUCAACUGUACGACAACGAUCGCCUCCGCUACACGAUCCAUGGCGCCACCGCCGCUGUCUACGUGCUAGCAGUCUUCUUCUACGCACUCGCGUUCAAGUUCGCUAAAGGCAAGUGUUUCGGACACGUGGAUGAAGAGGAUGAAGCGGAAACAGUGGGUGCUGCGAACAGCAUAGCGGCGACGUACAAGACAGAUGUCGCUCUGGUCGCCAUGGAGACGAAGAGUUUAGAUGGCGUAUCGGAGUCGAAUUCUGAAAACGUACGAAUGUAAAUUCAAUGUAAAUAUAUACGUGUGCAAUGCGAUGUAAUUACCUCCGCCCAACGUAGUUUGAG